AUGGGAAGCGAUACCGAAGCAGAGAAGUCGAUUCAAAAGGAGAAGAAGAGGGUCAUAACUCUUGCUCCUAUCGCUAAACCUCUUGCCGGAAAAAAGCUCCAGAAGAGGACAUUCAAACUCAUUCAAAAAGCUGCUGGAAAGAAAUGCUUGAAGAGAGGUGUAAAGGAAGUAGUUAAGAGCAUAAGACGUGGCCAGAAAGGAGUAUGUGUUAUAGCUGGAAACAUAUCUCCCAUCGAUGUGAUUACUCACCUUCCCAUCUUGUGUGAGGAAGCUGGUGUUCCUUAUGUAUACGUUCCAUCCAAAGAAGAUCUUGCGCAAGCUGGGGCAACCAAACGACCAACUUGCUGUGUCUUGGUCAUGCUUAAACCGGCAAAGGGAGAGCUAAGUGCAGAAGAUCUUGAAAAGUUGAAGACUGACUACGAGCAAGUCGCUGACGAUAUCAAAGAGCUUUCAUCUUCUGAGCGAGAGGAUAACUGGCGGCACAAUGCUUUACCUGCACAACGAGUGUUUGCAGAUGUUGCAAAGGCGAUCUCAAAGUUCGAGCCUGUGACAGUCUGUGCAAGCUCGGCACAGUGGGAAAACGCAAGGAAACAGCUUCCAGAGGAUAUAAGAGUUGUUGAGAUGAGCAUGAAUGAUUCUUGGUUCCGUGACUCUGGACCAACUUUCGUUGUGCGGAAAAAACCAUCUAAGCUCAGUUCUUUUAACCGGAACGUUGCUGGAAUCGACUGGAAUUUCAAUGCCUGGGGAGGAGCUGAUGAAGGUUGUUACAAUGAUUGGAGUGAUGACCUUCUAGUUUCAAAGAAGAUUCUCGCUGUUGAGCGAAUUCCAAGAUUUCAACAUUCGAUGAUUCUUGAAGGAGGCAGCAUCCAUGUCGACGGGGAAGGAACCUGCCUUGUCACAGAAGAAUGUCUCUUGAACAAAAACCGGAACCCUCAUCUGAGUAAAGAGCAAAUAGAGGAAGAACUCAAAAAGUAUCUCGGAGUCAAAACAUUUAUCUGGCUUCCUCGGGGCCUCUACGGUGAUGAUGACACAAACGGCCACAUUGAUAACAUGUGCUGCUUUGCUAAACCAGGAGUUGUGCUAUUGUCUUGGACAGACGAUGAAACCGAUCCCCAAUACGAAAGAUCCGUUGAAGCCCUUUCGGUUUUAUCAAACUCCAUCGAUGCUCGUGGCAGGAAGAUUCAAGUCAUCAAACUUCACGAAGGUGAAGCUAAACCAAGGCUUGCAGGGACAAGACUCGCAGCGUCGUAUGUGAAUUUCUAUAUAGCUAAUGGAGGAAUAAUCGCGCCGCAAUUCGGUGACGCAAAACGCGAUGAAGAAGCGAUUCGUGUCCUCUCAGAGACAUAUCCUCAUCACUCGGUUGUGGGAAUCGAGAAUGCAAGAGAGAUCGUUCUAGCUGGAGGAAACAUACAUUGUAUUACGCAACAGCAGCCGGCGGAGCCUAUUUCCCUCGCCGACAACGGCCAUUAA